AGUCGUCGGACUAGCGCUCGGAAAUCACAACCAAGGUACGUAAUUCCAUCGUUUCGGCCAUUGCCCGGCGGUAUUGGCGAGAGCGUUACCUUUUCCGGGCGGCCGAUCGUCCGAUUCGAUCGGAUGAAAAUUAUUUAAUAAUAACACGCCUUUCGUGUGUUUCGGUAGAUGCCUGUUCCCGCGCAAUCCAAAAUCGUCAAGAAGGGUAACUCGGAGCCCGACCAGUUCGAGCUGUCCAUCGCCCAGGCCCUGCUCGAGUUGCAGAACAACAGCGACCUGAAGGCCCAACUACGUGAGCUAUACAUCACCAAAGCCAAGGAGAUCGAGCUGUUCGGCAAAAAGAGCGUCAUUAUCUAUGUGCCCAUGCCGCAACGAGCUCAAUUCCAAAAAAUUCAAGCUCGUUUAGUUAGAGAACUAGAGAAGAAGUUUAGUGGCAAGCAUGUUGUGUUUAUUGGUGAUCGUAGAAUAUUACCAAAACCAACUAGGAAAACAAGGACAAAGAGCAAUCAAAAGCGUCCAAGAAGUCGAACUUUAACUUGGGUCUACGAUGCAAUCCUUGAUGAUUUAGUCUUUCCAGCAGAAAUUGUUGGUAAACGUAUCAGGGUGAAAUUAGAUGGAAAACAAAUGAUGAAAGUUCAUUUAGACAAAACUCAACAAACCAAUAUAGAGCACAAGGUGGAUACUUUUGCAUCUGUAUACCGAAAGCUGACCGGCAGGGAUGUGACUUUUGAGUUUCCAGAACCAUACUUGUAAACUUUGGCCCAAUAAAAACAUUUUAAUUUAA